AAAUAAAAUGCCAAAACUGAAAUUAGUUAUUUCUUUAUUAAAAAAUCAGUGAAAUUUUUCAAUUUCAGUUGAAGACAGCCAACAGAAAUUUUAGUUUCCCAAAAUUCAUGGCCGACACAGCACAGCUCCCAGCGCCAAUGAAGGAUAAAGGCCUCUGGCGUGAUUUGACAGCCUAUUGGAUAUUGGGUUUGUGCAACAAUUACGGUUAUGUGGUAAUGUUGACAGCGGCACACGAUAUCAUUUCACAAUUAGAAAGUGAGGAUGAAGCAAGUAAGGCAGAAGAUUUCGCCGCAAAUAGUACUCAAAGACGUUGCAAUAAAAUAUCUACCAGCGCAGUACUCUUAGGCGAUAUAAUACCGUCAUUUCUGGUCAAGUUUCUAGCGCCAUUUAUGCCGUUUUGGGUGCACUUACGCAUGGGUUUUUCCAUCGGCUUAACAGUUUUUAGCUUCAUAACAGUCGCAUUCGCGAGAGAGGAAUGGCUAGCUUUUCUCGGCAUCGUCUUCACUUCAGCGAGUUGUGGUAUUGGUGAGAGUACGCUCUUGGCUUACUCUUCCAGUUUUAAUAAAAACGUUGUCUCGACUUGGUCCUCAGGCACCGGCGGUGCUGGCAUAUUUGGCGCGCUUUCUUAUACAGUGCUCAUUGCCUUAAAGUUGACUUCACAACAAGCUAUGCUAGUCUUUCUGUAUGUACCCACUUUGGAGGCCUUAGCCUUUUGGUUCCUACUACGUAAUCCGCAGGAGGCGAUCGUACGCACGGAGGAGGCGGCAAUGGUGGCACAGGAUGUUUUAACAAUAAAAGAAAAAGUGUCAUAUUUCUUUAAAGAGCUUCCACAAUUCUUUUUGCCGCUCUCAUUAGUCUACUUUGCGGAGUAUUUUAUUAAUAUGGGUUUGUAUGAACUGAUUUAUUUUGAGCACAUCUUCAUCAAUCCACCCACACAAUAUCGUUGGAUCAGCACGGUCUAUCAAAUUGGCGUUUUCAUUUCGCGUUCAUCGGUUAAUCUCAUUCACUUCACCAUCAUUUGGCCGAUGGCAAUUUUGCAAUGCAUUAAUCUUGUCUACUUAACAUUGGAAGCGAUUUUCUUUUUCACACCCAGUUUCUGGUUAAUCAUAUUCGUUGUGCUGUGGGAAGGCUUACUGGGUGGUGGCGCUUAUGUGAAUACCUUCUAUCAUAUGUCGAAGGUGGUGCCACCGGAGAGACGGCAAUACGCCAUUGGCAUGGUUGCUCAGGCGGACUCAUAUGGCAUCAUUGCGGCGGGUUUACUUGCCAUACCUGUGCAUAAUUUAAUUUGUGAUAUUGAUGUGCGAGAGCGAACGGGUUGGGAUAGAAGAGUGGAGUUGUGAAAUUGCAUAUUGAAAAUGUGUUGAAAGAAAAAAUUAAAUAAAAAAAUAUUUGAGCUAUGCACAUACAUCUAGGGCUUUCCUGCAACUUAUGUUGGGCUUUUAGAUGAUUUUCGGGCAUAUUCUAAGCCCACUGCGAGUGGCUUAUGGAGGAGGAUAUGACACAUGACUCCUUAUACCA